UAGGCACUUUCCAACUUCAAUGCCCCUUUCCAAAAUCAAGCAUCUUUCUCUUUCUCUCUCCCUUUCACGCCCUGUUUCCUUCUCUUUCAUUUGGAGAGUUUGCUUCAUUUCUAUCGUUUUAGAAGCUUCAUCGCUCGCCACUUGCCCAAAUGGCGAAUUCGGCGUCAGGAAUAGCAGUGAGUGAUGAAUGCAAGCUGAAAUUUUUGGAGCUGAAAGCGAAAAGAGACCACAGAUAUAUAGUGUUCAAGAUUGAUGAUUCAGGGCAUCAAGUUGUGGUUGAGAAAGUUGGGAGAAAUGAUGAGACUCAUGAAGAUUUUGCCAACAAUUUACCUCCCAACGAGUGUCGCUAUGCAGUUUUUGACUAUGACUUCACCACAAAUGAGAAUGUCCAGAAAAGCAAGAUCUUCUUUGUUGCUUGGGCACCGGAA